UUGAGAAAUUCACGGUGGCUAGCAACAAGCUAACAGGUCCAAUACCAAGUAGCUUGAGGAAGUGCUCUAGUUUCAAAAGGGUUCGCUUUAAUAACAACAGUUUCACUGGGAAUUUAUCUGAAGUUUUUGGCAUCUAUCCAGAGCUUUAGUUCAUUGAUUUGAGUGACAAUGAUUUUCAUGGGGAACUCGACAACAAUUGGAGGGAAUGCAAGAAUUUGACUAAUCUGCGAGUAGCCAGAAAUAACAUUAGUGGUAGCAUACCACCAGAGAUUAGAAAUGUCAAAGGGCUUCUUGGACUUGAUCUUUCAUCGAAUCAUUUGAUUAGGUAGAUUCCUAAGGAAAUUGGAGAUUUAACCUCUCUGGUUAAGUUUUUUGUGCAAAACAACAAUAUUUCUGGCAAUAUACCCGGGGAACUUGUGUCACUGACAAAAUUAGAGUCCCUUGAUCUAUCAGGUAAUAGAUUGAAUGGGUCGAUCCCAAUUGUUUUAGGAGAUUAUGUGCACUUGAUUUUUUUGAACCUGAGCAACAACAAAUUUGGGGAGAAAAUUCCAAUGGAGAUAGGGAGGAUAACUCAGCUUAAUGCACUUGAUUUGAGCCAUAAUCAUCUUGUUGGAGAAAUACCCCCUUAUCUAGCCAAUUUGAAGAGCUUGGUAAGCUUAAAUUUUUCCCACAAUGGCCUCUCUGGCCACAUUCCUGAAGAACUUGAAAGUUUGACUGGUUUGCUAGAUGUCGUGUUGUCAUACAAUGAGUUGGAAGGUCCAAUCCCUAAUAAUAAAGCUUUUAUCAAUGCCUCCUUGGAGGGCAAUAAAGGUCUUUGCGGCAAUGUAACAGGACUCCAGCCUUGCGAAAGGCCAUCUUCUGUGGUGAAGAAGCAGUCAGUGGCGAAGAGACAUAAACUCAUCCUCAUCACUGUACUUCCUAUUAUGGGAGCACUAGUACUACUCUGUGCUUUCAUUGGUGUUCUCUUUAUGUGUGAUAAAAGAAGGAAAGUUAGAGACCUUGAAAGACGUGAUGAUGGUUGGAUUUCGAUAUCCAUGUUAGAUGGAAAGGCAUUGUACAGAGAUAUCUUAAACGCCACAGAGGAGUUUGAUGCUACAUUUUGCAUCGGGCAAGGAGGGCAUGGAAGCGUUUACAAGGUAAACCUUCCGUCAUUAAGGAAUAUAGCUGUGAAGAGACUUCAUUCUUCAUUUGAGAAUACACAUCCCAAAAGCUUUAUGAAUGAAGUAAGGGCAUUGAUUGGGAUUAAGCACCGGAACAUCGUGAACCUCUACGGCUAUUGUUCGAAUGCACAAAACUCGUUGUUGGUUUACGAGUAUGUGGAGAAGGGGAGUUUGUCUAGUAUUUUGAGCAAUGAAGUUGAGUCCAAGAAAUUGGAUUGGCUUAAAAGGGUGAAUAUCAUCAAAGUUGUUGCUUAUGCUUUAUCUUACUUGCACCAGGAUUGUUCACCAUCGAUUGUUCAUCGAGACAUAUCAAGCAGUAACGUUUUGCUUGAUUCUGAGUAUGAAGCUCGUGUUUCAGAUUUUGGCAUAGCUAAGCUUCUCAAGCCAGACUCAUCCAAUUGCACUACACUUGCAGGCACGUAUGGCUAUGUUGCACCUGGUAAGGUCUAACUUUAUUUAUUAUCCUUGUUUUGAAACUUCAUGAACUAUAGCCAAACACACUCUACAUUUUUUUUUUAUCUCAUUUACACGUUUAAAUUGUUAUAACUUUUGGAAAUUGUAUUGUUUCAGAGCUUGCAUAUACAAUGAGCGUUACACAAAUGUGUGAUGUCUAUAGCUUUUAUCAUCUUUAAUAGGUUAUCAUCAAUGAAUCCACGUCCACCUACUCAUGUAAGGCGAGCUAUAUAAUCCCUGAUAUGUGAGGUGUCUUUGUAUGAAAAUGAAUAAACUUUGAAACCAAGUGGUUGUGAAGUAAUUUAUUUUGAUGAUAGUAUGAUACGUUCCAUGCCAAAAUUAUUACUGGGACUAGUAUUGUUGUACUGUCAGGGUGCUUAUCUAGUUUAUUGUAUUGAGUGUAUAAUGUAGAAGGUAAU